CCUCCUCCUCCUCCUCCUCCUCCGCCUCCUCCGCCUCCUCCUCCUCCUCCUCCUCCUCCUACGAAGACGAACGGCAAUGCGGCGUCGCCAAAAACGAAUGGCAACAGCGUCGAAAAGCGACCCGCUUCCGCAACGGUGACGGCUCAAAUGUCAAUGCUCGACGCAUCUUUGGAACACAAGUCGACACCCGUCGAGCGCAAAACCACACCCGUCGAGCGCAAGACUACACCCGUUGAGCUCAAGACCACACCCGUCGUGGGAACGAAAGCAGCAGUCGUUGCACCCUCCGCCAUACCAGUCCUCAGGAUCGAAACCCUCGCCGAACGACGAACAGCAUCUCCGGUCGGCAGCCUAAACCUCGAACGCAAGAUCACUCCCGCAGACCGAAGCAGCGCCGUGACUCCGCCGCCACCGGCACCCACCCCACCGCCGCAGGCCCCAACCCCGCCCCCAAUGCCGCCCACACCUCCACCAGCCCGCGGCAGCAUGGCCACCAUCUCCGAAGACGCGCCCCUCCCCUCGCCCACGAAGCUCACCUUCGGCAACGGUCGGCGUUCGGGUCCUCCGCGCGGCACCUUCGGCUACACAUUCCACACGUCGGGCCCGCCGCUGGGCAACAGCCGCCCCAACAGCCAGGGCGGCUCCUCGCCACCACACAGUCCCGGCGAGCCCAAUUUCGGGUACUUCCCCGCGUCCGCGCCCAUCAGCCGCACGGCUUCGCCUGCGUUUGGCGGCGCGUCGAAGUCCGCGCCCAUCAGUCGCACCGCCUCCCCGGCGCCUGUAAAUGAGGCGCAGGGAGGGAAAAGUCCGGAUUUGACACUAGGCGGAAUGGGACGGACCACGUUCGGGUAUAGUUUCGAUGAUUGAUACUAUUCGACCAGGCUGUUUUUUUGUGGUGGCUAGAACAGUACUCCGCGGCCCCAUAAACGGCGGUGUGGUAUUUUCUUCUCCCAACUACCCUUUUUUCUUUCCUUAUUUCCUUUUUUAGAUAAAAAGUGUUUUGUGUUAUGUAGGGCAUUGCUGGUGCGGGUGCGGGUACGUGUGUUGUGUAUGUGUAAGAUAUGAUACGAUGUUAUGGGGGCGUUUGCUUUUGAUUCAGAACUUUUGUUGUGUACUGUUUUUGUCUUUUGGGGGGGUUUGUGAAUUUUGCAAUGGGGAUAGAUGGGUGGGGUAAUGGAGUUGGAGG